AUGUUGAAUUCACGCAUUAAUCGAGUGCUAUGGCACGUUCGUCGUUUCUCCAAGGAUAUUAUUACACCUGCAGGCUAUGAAAAAAAAGUCGUUGAUGAUCAUUUGAAGCGGUUUAUUGUCGACAAAAUUAGGGCUUCUGGUCCAAUUACUGUCGCAGAAUAUAUGAAAACAUCAGUGUCAGCACCGACUGUUGGAUACUAUGGUCGAUUUUCCAAAGAGCAAAAUGUUUUCGGAAGCCAAGGAGAUUUUAUAACAUCGCCAGAAUUGACCCAGCUCUUUGGGGAGAUGAUUGGAGUUUGGAUAUUUCACGAACUUGCAAACACUGGGUAUAAAGGUGCUUGGAAUUUAGUGGAACUUGGUCCAGGCAGAGGUCAAUUGAUGGCUGAUAUUUUGCGAUCUCUAGAGAAAUUUCAAGAUCGUGAUGCUACGAUUCAUUUAGUCGAAAUGUCGGAUGCACUGAUCGAUGAACAAGAAAGAUUUUUGUGUGUCGACAACUCGACAAAACCGAUUGAUCCAAAUUCUUCGUUUGUUCGCAAAAAUAAAACGAAGGAAGGAUUCGAUAUAUAUUGGUACAAAUCGAUUGACGACCUUCCAGACGGGUUUUCUGUGUUUAUCGGAAACGAAUUUUUAGACGCGUUGCCUGUUCAUCAAUUUUCUCGAUCGGAAAAUAAUGAUAUUUGGAACGAAAUUUAUAUCAAUUUGGACAAAAAUAAUGAAUUGGUGUUCAUGAAAUCGAAAGGAGAAAAUCUUCACACAAAAGGUUUGAUUCCAAAGUAUAUUCGCGAUGAUGCUUCAAGAAUCAAUUGGGAAUGUUCACCAGAUUCGGGAACCGUCGUCAACCAGAUUGCCGACAGAAUAACCGCAUUCGGCGGAUUUUCAUUACUUAUUGAUUAUGGGCACGAUGGAUCUCGCAACACGCAUUCUUUCAGAGCUUAUAAAAAUCAUCAACAGGUACACCCAUUAUCCGAUCCUGGGCACAUCGAUCUUACGGCCGAUGUCGAUUUUGGAUACUUAUCGCGACUUAUAAAUGAACAAACCCUGGUUUUUGGGCCAAUCAUUCAACGGGAAUUUCUUGCUCAAGUUGGAAUCGAGCACCGAUUGCGUCGUCUGUUGAAAAUCUGCGCUGAUCGUGAAAAACAAUUGCAGUUGAUUAAAUCUUAUAACAUGCUAAUGGGAGAUAUGGGGGAGAAGUUCAAGGCAAUUUCAAUAUUCCCGAAAACUCUUGAAACAAUCCUGACAGCUCGUGGUGGUCCCGCUGGAUUUGCAACAGGACCACCGAAGAAUCCAACGGAAAAGACGAAAUAG